UUCGAUAGUGUAAGACCAGCAUAAUAUUGUAAUAAUUAAAUAUUUUUUCUAAUAAUAAAUUUUAUUAAAAGAAAUUAGCAUGCAAAAUUUAGGCGAGUAGCUUUCAGUCUGUAUAAAAAUUAAACAAUUUUAUUACUUUUAUGAAAUGUCAUGUUCAGGUUAAGUUGAUUAAAUAUGAAAGCGUCAUUGCACCGGCGCUAAAGUUUGUUAUUGUUGUAUCGUAUUGAUUAUUGGACGCAACUGCCUAUGGAGUAUAUGUUAACAAAUUUUUUAUGCAAUAGCAAAUGAGAAAAUUAUCCAAACGGAAGUGAGAAAAACAAAGAAAGUAUAUUCAUGUGGAAAAAUAUCUAUUGCUUUAUUAAUAACUACAUUUGCACUGCAGCUAUUUUCCGAGGUCGAUAGGUGACAGGACAGAUAAAGGAAAAUUUUUUGUAGCAGCACAUAUACAAAAAUGUUACCUUGUUUAGUGGAAUAGUAUACUUUCUGUUAAGAAAUAUUUAGUAUUCUAUAAACAGAAUUAUGGAUUCUGCUACUGAGUCAGAACAUAUAGAGAAAUUAAUAAAAGAAGCUGAAAGCCUAAAAAUACGUUUAGAAGAUGAACGACAGAAAUUGAAUGAUAUUACCCUUGCUAGUGUAGCAGAUAGACUUGAAAUAAUUAGUUGCAUUAAUGUAAAACCACGUCGUGUAUUAAAAGGUCAUCAAGCAAAAGUUCUUUGCUCUGAUUGGUCACCAGAUAAACGUCACAUCGUAUCUUCCUCACAGGAUGGCAAAAUGAUAAUAUGGGAUGCUUUUACAACAAAUAAAGAACAUGCUCUUACUAUGCCAACUAUCUGGGUUAUGGCUUGUGCUUAUGCUCCAAGUGGUACUCUUGUUGCUUGCGGGGGGUUAGAUAAUAAAGUAACUGUAUAUCCUUUGAGUCAAGAAGAUGAUGUAUCAACUCGUAAAAAAACUGUUGCUACACAUACAUCUUAUAUGUCUUGUUGUGUAUUUCCUAAUAGUGAUCAACAAAUUCUAACGGGUUGUGGAGAUAGUACUUGUUCUUUAUGGGAUGUAGAAAGUGGACAACUGUUACAAAAUUUUCUUGGUCACUCAAGUGAUGUUAUGUCUAUCGAUUUAGCACCAAGUGAAAUUGGUAAUACAUUUGUUUCUGGUAGUUGUGAUAAAAUGGUUUUGAUAUGGGAUAUGCGGACUGGUCAAUGUGUUCAAAGUUUUGAAGGACAUCAAUCUGAUGUUAAUUCUGUAAAAUUUCAUCCAGGUGGUGAUGCAGUGGCAACAGGUUCUGAUGAUGCAACUUGCCGUCUUUUUGAUCUACGGGCAGAUAGAGAAAUAGCAGUUUAUGCAAAAGAAAGUAUAAUAUUUGGAGCAAAUGCAGUCGAUCUAAGCGUUAGUGGACGUUUACUGUUUGCUGGUUAUAAUGAUUAUACUGUAAAUAUAUGGGAUACUCUAAAAUGUCAACGAGUUGCGUUUUUAUACGGACAUGAAAAUCGAGUAUCUUGUUUACGAGUUUCUCCAGAUGGCACUGCUCUUUCAACUGGAAGCUGGGAUUCAACUCUACGAGUUUGGGCUUAAUUUUAAUAAAAUCACAUCUAUUAUCUUGCCAUAUUGUUAAAUAAAAGUUAUAAUUUUUUCUGUGCAAGAUAUAAAUUUUAGAAAUUGUAUGACGACGUUACAUUUUGUUUUUAAUUAAAAUGUUUUAAACUGAUAAGAUACAUCAAUAUUGUAAUAUAAAAAAAUAUUGUUAUAAUUAUUAUACAUACAUUGUAGAAAAUAAGUGGAAUUAAAAAUCGUGAUUAUCACGAUCAUAACAAUGUGAUAGCUUAAAAUUAAUAAUUUUUAGGCUGGUCCUAAUUUAUAGGAAAUUCUGCAAAUAGAAUAUCUAUUUAAUCAAAUACAGUAUUAUCUUGUAUGAAACUUAAUAAAAAUUUAAUUCAUGCAUAUUUAA